AUGCUUAUUUGCGCAUUCUUUCCUGAGGCCAUCGCAUUCUAUGCAUAUGUACAGAUGCGUCAGGAAAAAUCGGUUUAUGACAUGUGGUGCGAGCACUUUGGGAUCAUACCAGGGAGCGAUCGGGAUCGUAUGGGAAUGGAGGGAGGAUUCUUCGUGGUUAUGGGAGGGAUCGUCAUACGCGAAAACAAGGACACCGGCCGUAUGACUACCUUGACACCUUUGGGAUUCAAGGAAUAUACACUAUCAGACAAAAUACCUGAGGACGCUUUUGAUAAGAAAUUCAUCAUUGACAAGGAAAUGCCUCUACCAUUACCAAAAUGUUGGUCUUCACUCAGGCGGCUUGGAUGA